AAAUUUGUGCCGAGAGGAGCUUGAUUUCAGAAACCCCAAAAUCAAAAUUUCUUAAAAUUUCUGUAUCUUCACUCAAAAUUUUCAUUCGGGCAACUUCAAAUUCCCGCAGUUCACUCAAAAUCAGAGCCAAUAAUCAUCUCCUCCAAUAUGGGUUCCGCUUUGAAGUUCAUAGUGUUCUUCCUUUUAGUAGCUUCUACCUCUUCCCAUCUCAAUUCCACCGAAGAGGGUUUCAUUUCGAUGCUCAUAUCCCAAAAGGGUCUCAACUUCAUCAAGGAUUUCUUGAUCGACAAGGCAGUUUCCACCAUCAUUCCACUUCGUUUGCCCGAUAUUGAGAAGACUGUCAAUAUCGCUCUUAUUGGCAAAGUUCAUAUCGUUCUUUCCGACAUAAUCAUCGGCAGCGUCGAGGUCGAAGCCUCGCAUAUUCGGAUCGGCGACACGGGUGUCAAUAUAGUUGUUGCAAAGGCCACUGCUAAUACGAGUAUGAAAUGGCAGUAUACCUACAACACUUGGCUGUUUGAAAUUUCUGAUGAAGGAGACGCCUCUGUUCAGGUUGAUGGUAUGAAUAUAGGCCUAACUGUAGGUUUACAUCAACAAAAUGGAGCUCUGGAGCUGACUCUUUCAGAAUGUGGAUGCAAUGUCGAACAUAUCUCCAUACAUUUACACGGCGGGGCGUCAUGGCUUUACCAAGGGGUGAUCGAUGCUUUUGAACGGAAAAUCGAGUUGACCAUUGAGGAUAAUAUUUCCAAGAAAAUAGAAGACGGGGUAGCAAAGCUUGACUCGUCGUUGCAGUCGCUUCCACAAGAAAUCGCCAUAGCUGAUGUUGCUGUUCUAAAUGUCACUUUUGUGGACAGCCCUGUGUUAUCCUCUUCUUCCAUCAAAUUUAAAAUCAAUGGUUUACUCAGCCCUUUUAACCAAGUCGGAGCUGAAAAUUCCGUCGAUGGAGAAUCUCGACAUUCGAAUGUUCGUAACUCCGUUUCACAUGUUCCCUUUCAAUAUCUCCAUGAAGAACCUGAAGGUUCUGUCUACUGCAACGAUUCAGCUAAGAUGAUCGAGAUCGCUCUACACGAAACCGUCCUCAACUCUGCUUCACAAGCUAUCUUUGAAGAAAACUAUAUGCACUGGACUGUGGACCAAAUUCCUGAUCAGCACCUUUUGAACACUUCAGCAUGGAAGUGGGUUAUUCCUCAACUCUACCGGCAGUAUCCAGAUGACGAUAUUGUCGUAAAUAUCUCCGCUUCGUCUCCACCGUUCUUGAGACUGCGAGCUGAAGAUAUCUCUGCCUCCGUUCUUGUUGACAUGAUAAUCAAUGUUCGAGAUAACGGUGAAAUUAUACCUGUUGCUUGCAUCUCAUUGGAGGUUAUUGCCUCUUUUUCUCCAAAAAUCUUGGGGAAGAAUUUGGUUGGUCAUGUUAGCUUGGAAGGCUUUACAUUAGCUUUGAAAUGGAGCAAGAUUGGUCGUAUUCGCCUUUAUCUAAUUCAGAAAACCGUAGCAGGUUUGCUCAAAACGGUCUUGGUGCCGUUCGUCGACUUAUAUCUCUUGAAAGGAAUCACGUUGCCGAGUUUUCAUGGAUUAGUCCUCGAGGACGCCAAAAUGGUUUUCAAUUCUUCAAUGAUCAUCAUGUGCAGCGAUGUCGCCUUAAGUGAGGGUUUCAGUCACGGUCUUGUUUACUCGAGUUAGAACAAUAAAUCUUUGACCAUGUUAGAACUUGUAACUAUGAUGUGAAUAGUAGUAGACGCAAAAGUAGAUGAGAGGGUAAGCUUCUAUUUAUUUGUGUAUUCUAAAUAAGUUCAUGUACAUAAUAGAAUCCCGAGUUUGGCCGAAUCUAACCCGGCCUGACUUGGGUCAUUGUAAUUAGGUUGAAGAAGUCUGUGCUCGUUUUUGUUGCACUCAUGUCAUGGUCCGACUUCUAGAAAUUGAAUUGUGAAAUGUUGAUGUCAGAACG